GUGUCUUUCUGGGGUGUAACGUUCAGGUGCGCUUCAUCCUCAGAGGUGAAAACUCCUGAAGUCGGAACGAUGGAUUACAACAGACCAACAGGCGGGUAUUCAUGAGAGAAACAUGUUGAAGCACCGGUGCAACGUCGGAUGACAGGCCGAGUAAAGUGAAAGUGUCGACGGUUUCUAAUAACUUUCACCUUUCCUCAUGUUCCCCCACCCCCAAGUUCCUGUUUCUCUGUUUCAAAUGUCACUUUUCUCUCAUCCCAUCUUCACUCUCUCUGUGGCUCCUAGCUUGGGGGUCCUAAUCUUUCUUUCAAUGAACUAACCAAUCUGUCACACCUCCAACUAUUUCUUCAUUCUCCUCAUUCUCUAUUCUCUGUUCCUGCUCCCUCUGUUUCUACUCCUCUCCUCUCCCCUCCACCUCCCCCUGCCCUCCUCUACUGUCAUGUCUGUAUCCAUGAGGAACCCACCCCAGCGCCGGCGCUCUCUGGGUCCCGUCUCCCCCAAACGCAUAUACAGAAACCUGUCCGUCAGACUGAGGGGUGGAGAGUCAUCUGUUGCCGGGGAGGUGGACACACUCAGGCACCUCAGCAAGUCUGCAGACGCUUACAAGACCUUGUGGGAGGCAGUGGAAAAUGAGGACACUUUGGCUGUACAAAGCCUGCUGUCCAGAGACCACAGCUGUGGGGGAGGAGGAGGAGGCAGCAUGUGGGAGAGAGGAGAGAAGAAAGAAAAGGACUGGGAGAGAGAGAGGGAGAAGGGGGUGAACAGGGUGAGCGAGCAGGGCCUGGUCCCCCUUGACGUGGCUGCCCUCACUCACAACUCUCCUCUGCUCCAUGUGUUGACAAAGGCGGGAGCCAGGCAUAACCCUGUUUUGUGCCGACCAGCAGAGUGGGCACUUAAGCUGGAUGCUCUGGUGGCACUGGCGGGCAAACGGGUGGAGGAGAGGAAGAAUGAGCUAGUGAGGAAGACAGGGGCUGGGCCUCAGGCACAAGCUGACGUCCAGAGACAUAUCCGCCUGUGGAGCCUCAGGCUGCAACUGUACUGUCGGAUGAGAGAGAACUUCCGAAAGACAGAGCUCCCUGGCCCUCCCAGUCAUGUGUCCAUAUUGGUGACCAGCACGUCCUCUUUGUUUGUGGCAAUCAAAGAGCCAGAAGGUCACGCUACAGGGCUCAUCACCCGAUACAGAGUGGAAUGGAGCACCUCAGCCAGCUUUAAACGCAUCCAUGGCUCAGCCCAAGUUUCAGAGACCAAGAAUCCCUCCUAUAGUAUCAAGGGACUCACAGCAGGAGUGCAUUACUUUGUAAGAGUGAGUGCCUACAAUGUGAAGGGAUGGGGCCCGCCUCAGUGCUCUACUCCAGUCAGCGCUGCCCCCUCCAGUUGGAGAGAGUGCAUUGGUGUGAAGUCCCAGUUCAGAAACCAUGAGGGCAUAGUGAGGAAACUGCUGGAAGAUGCCAGAGAGCCACAUUACAGAGGAUACUGCAUAGAGAGCUCUAAGCCCCAGAGUCCCAGCAAGCGUCUGUCUGUGUCUCGAGGCAUCAAACAACUGUUCCAGUCCGCCACCAAGUUUGUUCGCCUCCUACAGAGGGGCGUAUAUUUGGCAACCGUGUUCUACCACAAGGAAAACAUCAUGGUGACAGCUGAAGACCAGAUCCCACUGGUGGAGAUCCAGUGCUGCUCCACCUCCAUCAUCCAUGACUUCCUUUGGUUUGCCAAGUUGUCCUGUGCAUGGCAACAGGUGCCGUGGCUCCAGCAAGCCCUUUCCUCUGCGCAUUCAUCUCCCUCCUCCCUCCUUCAGAACAGGCACAACAUUUUAAGAGCCGUUUCCCAGCUGCAGUCAUCUCUGGGAACAGUGGACCUGGGCCAGGUGUACUAUGAACCUCUGAAAGACCGGCAAGGCAACGUACUCCUGGUGACUCUGAAGGACUUCCCAAACCCUCCCAGCCCUCCUGACCCUCCACUCCACUGGAUUCCCCUGGCCCGCCUGGAAAAGAACCGCAGCAGGACUCCUCUCUUGCCUGAGCCCACUGCCAUGGACAUGCUCUACGAGCAGCUCAAGGAGAAGCUAUCCUUCCACAGGCACAGCAUUCAGUGUGCCCAACCAGGUCUGUACGUGGGCAUCCUAAAACUGUGCAGCUCAGUGGAACAGAUCAGGGUACUCGUGCCUCAGAGGCUGCCCAAUCUCCUCUGCCACACACGGGUCCGACACAACGCUCACGUGUCCAGAGAGGAGUGGACAUGGCUCCAGAGUCAUGUUUACACCACAACCAAUGGCAGCGCUCAGAACCUGUUGAGCGGUGAGGACGAGAGCUUGAUGGAGAGCAGUGGAGUAGUGGAAUUUGUCAGGUCUCUGAGAGCAGCAGUCACACAUCUCCUGACAAAGCUCAACAUCCCCCUCUACAGGGCCUAUCAGUAUGGUGUGUACACUCGUGAGCUGCUACAGUUUGGAGACAAUCUGUCCAUGCUGCUGCUGCUGCCUCCCAGUGAGGACUUCAGCUCCAGUUACUGGCCUCUGGUGGGGACCAAGGAACCUGGUCUCACCAUGCCCCUGCAGAUCUUUGAGCUAGUUUACUUCUGGACGUAUGAAAGAGACUUCCUGUCACAGUACUGCCAGGCCUGGGUGAAGCUGGAGCUGGACACUCAUCUGGCCCAACAGGCUCUGCGGGAGGCGCUGGACUCCAAGGAGGUGCAAGAAGCCCGAGAGAGGCUGAACCACAUCACUGAGCUUUCUCAUCGUCUGGAUGUGGUGUGGAGGGAUGCCCGAUGGAUUAUGGACUGUCUGCAGUGCGUUCGCUCCAAGCAGUGGGUGGGGGCGGUGCCUCUGGGUCUCGUGAUGGGAGGAGACCCGCCACCACGUCCUGAUGGUGAGGAAGAGGAGGACAGUUUGACUGCCAGACUGACAUGGCCACGUCGGACUCAAACACAGAGAGCCAUUACAGAAAGUCUAGUCAGUGUGACUCCACCAAAUGUCGUCACUGCUGAGGUCUCUGCUCCAGCAGGAGUCAUGGUCGUCCCUGAAGAGGCUGCACUGGCAUUAAUGGAGGGUGUCGCGAAGGGAGGGUACCCUGUGGACAUCACCGCCCAAUCAACUGUAGACUUGACGAGCAUCGAUCAGUCUGAACUGGCAUGUGCAAGCACUUUAUUCGAAUGUGGACUAGAGCCUGCUGCUGUUGCACAGUUGGAAGUAGGAUAUACAGCUCUGGACGCAGAGGAGUCCUACAGCGAGGAGCUGGACUUUCCUUCCAGCAUCACAGAGGUAAUCCGACCGAUGGAGAUGGCAGAGUUGGUGGAUAUCUUGCCCACACUGAGUCUCAUUGAGGAGGAGACUCCCAGUGGCCCACCCACACCAUCAGUCAUGGAUAUGCUACAGAGCUUUGGAUUGGGGAUUGGUGAAAACAAUUUCUUUGACUUAGGGAAUUCAGACUUGAAUGGAGGUGGGUGUGUUUCACAACCCAACCUGCACUGUAACAACAGCAGCAAUGUGACACACAGUGAGAAUAUGGUGUUACAAGGACAAGACAUGUCGGUUUCUCACACCAUGUUGAGUGCCACUGGUGGUGAUGAUCCUGUUUUGAGCUGGGAUUUUCCUCCAGGGGAUACAGAGACUCAGCAGGUGCCCAGCAAGGCAGCAUGCUUUCCAGUGAGAAACCAGGUGGAGUGGGAAAGACCCUCCAACAGUUCAUCCUGAUAUUGACUGAGUAAUAGCCUACUUUGAACUUGUGUCAAUUUCAAACCUCAGUAGGCUGCACUUCGAUUCAUAGAGAGAAUCCAAGUAAGACUUUUUUGUUUGAAAAUGACUUAGUCCUAAAUCCCUGACUUUUGAUCAGUGUCCACAUGGACAGUUAGUAUCAACUGUUGCAAAGGAAAAUUCGAGUGGCAUCUAGAUACAAGUUCAUCUGACGCAUCUUUGCAGCUGAUCUUAGAAUGGGUAUGGGAAAUUAAAAGAAAGACACCAUUGCUAGACAAAUGUAUGUGGUUUGCACAUUUCUGGACCUGUAGCCAAACUUUUCUAAUGUUUGGUCCAGUAGAGCUUUUCUGUGCAUGAACUAAGUUACAGUACCAGUUUUAUGACUUGAAAAUCCAUCACUCACUACAGCAAAAUCCAAAGUUGCUGCUUGUCAGGGCUAGUAAACAAACUCAUUAAAUGCAUACAAUUCACUUUAAUGGGUGUGUUAUUUUUGCAGUCUGUGAAAAGCUGUGAUUCUUUUUGGUUCCUCUGUGAACUUUAAACAUUUAAUGACAAAUUAGUGGUGAGAUUUCUAACCCUGUUUUUAUGCAGUACCUGCUGUCAGUUGUACCAGUUCCAUGGUCUGUUUCAGCCCAAACUUAUUUAUAUCUAAUGAGAGAAAGAAAUACUUCAGGCAAUCUACCUACUGUAUUUACCUCUUUGGUAGCAUAUACAGUCCAGAAAUGUUUUCUUUGUUCUUUAUUUUUUAAGGAACCAAAUUCAUGAAAGAAAUUUGGCCUUGCAUCUGUAUUUACUGUAUAUUACUUGUUCCUUUUAGUCUGGGAGAGGGAUGCCUUAAUAAAGAAAAUUACAGGAACAAUGCAGACUAAACUGAUAAAAGACCAUGGAGAAAUAUCAGGCAUGUGUGAGAAUUGCCAGAGUGGGCUGGUUUUCAUGGUUUAACCUCUGCUACAGUUUCUUUACAACAGAGCCACAAAAUGAAUGGAUGUUUUCUCCUCUAGGCAUGCUGAAAAUACAAGAAUAACAUUCAGCUAAAUAGAACAAAAUAAAAAUGGAAUUAUUUUUA